AUGCGUACGAGAGCCCAAGACCAGCUCGACGGAGCUGCACCAGCUGCACCUCGAGGCGUCCGGCGAAAGCGCAGGGGCAGUACGCAGUCGAUAGACGACCUGGGCCAAGCCGCCGAAGACGCACCAUCUUCCUCACCCCCUCCGACUGCCGAAGACUCACAGCCGCGCAAGAAGAAACGCGUCAGGAAGACCACCACCAUAGUUGAAGAGACCCACGAAACUCAUCAAUCCACCCAAGACCCAGGUCAGCCAGCCAGCCAACCUCAGCUCGAUGAUCAGGACACCAUCGCUGUUAUCAUCCCCGAGUCUCAGCCAGAGGGUGGCCGUCGCAAGGUCCGCUUCUCUGAUCCCGGCCCGCCGAUCGUUGAGAUUGAAAUAAACGAAACGGCUGUUUUGACAGCACCUGCCUCGUCCUCCCACGAGCUGCAGCCGACAAAGUCUCGGAAAGCUCGGCACUCGCUGCCGGCCACUCUCGCAAACUCGUCGAAGAAUCUUCCGACCAUCGAAGAGAUCCAAUACUCGCCACUAACCCAAAUCCUGGACGACCGUGUCAAGCGGAGACUGCGCCGUAGUCACCUUAGCGAAGAGGUAAACACCAUCGAAGAGCACAAGCGCGACGAUGCUAAGGUCAGGCAAGAGUUGGAGAGGCUACGUCGUGAGAUGCAUGAGCGCGACGAGCGCGUCAAACAGCUCGAGUAUGAGCUCGAGAGCCAGCGCCAAAUGGCCAUCGACGUUGGGGAAGUGGAGGAUGACGAGAAGGUCAAGACAAUGCAGGACGAGAUCGCUGCGCUCCGAAGAGAGAUUCUCGAGCGUGAAGCACAUAGCGAGUAUCUCAGCAGUCAGGACACUAAUGGGGAUGUACUCAUGGGCGAUGAAGUGUCCGACGAGGAUGAUGAUCUCGUCCUUGUCGAUCCAGCGGACAUCCCCCUCUCUCAGGAAAUGCUAUCUAUCGAUACCACUACGACAAAGACCGUCAACGGUCACUCUCGCAGGUCUCUCAGCAAUGGCAAGCACGACGAGCCGUCCACACAAACGUCAAUUCCUGACCCCACCCACGAAGCCGAGAUCCACAAUUUCGAGAACGCUAUUGUAAAGCUCACUCGCGAAGCAUCCGAUGCGCGAGCUGCCCUGCAAAUCCUCGUCGUUGAGCUGCAAAGCCUUGGGUUUGCCCCACCAGAGGCGGGAACGGAGGCUAUCCUCUCAUCGGUACGAGGCGCAUUUCAACACGCCCGGCUCGAAGUCGAACUUCUGCUCCCGAGUGCAGAGCUUAACCAGCUCGAGAAUGGCCCUUUUCUAGCAGCACUUGUUGAAGAGCUUCGAGCCACUCUCAUUGAAUUGGACGAAAAGACAACGACCGUUACUGAGCAACAGGAACUCUGCGCGGUCCUCCGCCGCCAGUACAACGGCGUCCUCGACAAGCUCGCACACACCGACCAGCGCAUGAAGAACCUCGAGACGCAAUGGCACGAGCUGGAUACCGAGGCGGAGCGCCGCUCCAAGACCAUCGUUGAUGUCGAGGAAGAGCUUGACAGCGCAAACGAUCUGCUUGAGCAGCGCAACGCCGAACUUGCUGAGAAAGACGCCAUGAUCGAGAAUAUGGGUUCUGAGAUCGAUACUCAGAGCCAGUCGAUUAGCAAGCUACAGCAAAGCCUCCAAAGCUAUCGCGACGAAGUUGCGAGGCUGGAGGAGCUGGUCACUCGUCUGGAGCGUGAGCACGCAGCCGCUAUCCUUGUGCUGGAAAAGAGGCAUGCGGACGCAAUUGAUGAGCUCGAACGGAAGGUCGCCCUCGAGCAGGCACAUCGAGCCGUUGCGGAAGAAGAAUCGGACAAGAAGACCGUCCAAAUUACCAAGCUUGAACUCAAGGUAGAGUCUACAGAGACCGCCCUCGAGAAGCUGCGCAAUGAGCUCGCAGCCGUCGACCAACUCGCCUCCGCCGAAAGGAUCCAACGCGAAGCCGCAGAAGCCGAACUUGACAACAACGCUGCCUUCAUCAAUUCCCUCGAGAGCAAAAUCUUGACCGCUGAAACUUCGCUAGAAACGCUCCGUGCCGAGCUCGAGUCCCUCCGUGCGCUCACCGAAUCCGAACGCCGCCAGCGAGAGGCCGCGGAGGCGGAGCUCGAUGAGCGCGCCAACACCAUUGAGAUGCUUGAGGAGAGUGUCCGGAGGGCAGGCGUAGAGGCCAACGAGUUACGCCAGAAGCUGUUCGAGGUUCAGCAGCAAAAAGAGCAGACUAUUGCGCAGCUCAACAACACGUUGGCCGCGACGGAGGAGUUGCACGCGCAGAACAUGGCCGCGGAGAUGGCUGCACGAGCAGCCGCCGAAAGUGUUGUGUUGGAGCGCGACACAACCAUCGCAGACCUAGAGCAACAACUCCAAGACACGGAGAUUGCAAUGCAGACGGCAAUUGAAGAGCGCGACCGCCUCCUCGCCGCGCGUGACGGCGACGUGCAUGCCCUGACGCAGACGCUGCGCGACACGAACGAGAAGCACGAAGCAUUCGUCGAGCAGAAGAUCGCCGAGGUCGAGAGCCUGCAUAAAGACAUCACAACUCUAGGCCAAACCCUCGGCGACCGCGCCGCCCGAAUUCUCGAGCUGGAGAACGAGGCCGUCGAGGCGGCUCAGAUGUACGGCAUGGAGACCGAGCAGCGCGACACGCAGAUUGCGUACCUGCAGCAGGGCCUCAACUCCGCCAACGCCAGGAUCUCGGACCUCGAAGCCGACAAGCGCAGCCUCGGGCAGCGCGUCCAGGAAGAGGCGGAACAAGUCGUCGCCCUUCAAAACGCGCACGCCGACGCCCUCGCAGCCCUCAACGCCACCCUCCUGGAGCGAAACACGACCAUCACACUCCUAACCCAAACAGCACAGGACACCACAGCCGACCUCAACCUCCGGCUCGCCAACCGCGACGAGCGCAUCGCGGACCUGGAGGCCGAAGCCUCACUCCGCGCCGCAGACCUCCUGGCCGCUUCCUCAGCCCUCGCAGACCUGAAGGCGCGCUUCGAGCGCUACGUCGACCUCGCCGAGACGACGGUUGCGCAGAACAACCGCGAGAUCAGGGACGCGGCGCAGCGCGCCGAGGUGAGGGCGAGUGAGUUUGGGAGUCUGAGCGUCAAGGAGCUGGAGAUCGUGAGGGCGGCGGAUGUUGCUGUUGCGCAGGCGGCGAAUGUGGCUGCGGAGGAGGUGAAUGUGAAGGUGGCGGCGAAGCCGGCGAAGAAGGGGAAGGGGGGGAGGAAGGUGGUUAGUCAGGUGAGGGAUAGUGGAAUUGGGAUUGAGGAGUAG